AUGUUUGAAGACUCUCUGCUUGCAUCUAAACAAGCAAGUUCUUUGUCCAGAUUCUCUCAGACCAAAGACGUUAAACUCUCACAGCCAAAGAUUACUAAAGUGAUCAACGGUCUUGAUUCCCCCAAGAAGAGCAAGUUUAACCUUUACAGAUUCGAACUCGAGCACGAUGUGCAGCGGUUAAGAGAUCAAUUACAGAAGGAAACUGCACUACGCGCUCUAUUGUUGAAGGCUUCUGAUCAAAGCCAUAAAAUUGAGCUGUCUCACGCAUCUUCUCUUCCACGUAGCGUUCAAGAACUUCUCUCCAAUAUCGCAGCUAUGGAAGCGACGGUCUCUAAGCUCGAACAAGAGAUCAUGUCUUUGCAUUUCUUGCUGAUUCAAGAGCGAAAUGAGAGAAAACUCGCCGAGUAUAACCUCACGCAUUCUCUAUCUCCACCCCCUAUAGAUUUGGUUAGACUUUCCGAAAAGAACGAAACUUUACGCCGUAAGGAUCACAAAGGACAACCUAGAAGCAAACUGGCAAAGUCCUUGCAGAGAGUUGAUAAUGCUAAUGAACUAUCCAAGGAGAUGAUUAGAUGCAUGAGGAACAUAUUUGUGUCUCUAGGAGAGACAUCUGCAGGAUCCAAAUCCUCACAAGAGACUACCAGUUUUUCUUCUCGUGAGAAUCCUACAUCAUCGUCAUCAACAUCGUGGUGGUCUCCUUCAGAAUACUCACGGAUCUCCAAGUGGGCACAGAGUCCACGGAUCGAUAUUCAGAAGAACUCAGAUGUUUUAGCAACAGAGAGCAAUGCAUUUGAUCCUUAUAGAGUCCAAGGAAAGCUGAGCUGGGCUGACAUAGGGAGUUACAGAUCUGCAACUGAAGUGGCUUCAAUGUCUGUUGAGGAGAAGAGGCUCGGAUAUGCUUCAGAUGAGUUAUGGAGAUUCAGGAACCUCGUCGAAAGACUUGCCAGAGUAAAUCCAACAGAACUAAGCCACAACGAGAAGCUCGCCUUCUGGAUCAACAUAUACAAUGCCUUGAUCAUGCAUGCAUACUUAGCUUACGGCGUACCAGAAACCGACGUAAAGCUCUUCUCCUUGAUGCAAAAGGCUGCUUAUACAGUUGGUGGGCAUUCAUACAACGCAGCAACGAUCGAAUACAUGACUCUAAAGAUGAACCCUCCUCUGCAUCGACCUCAAAUCGCUCUGCUUCUCUCCAUUCUCAAGCUGAAGGUAUCAGAAGCACAGAGACAAGCAGAGAUAGGCCCAUCUGGUCAUAAUAUUUAUCCAUGUCUGACUCUCUGACUACUACUUGCUACUAACACAUACGAGAGUAACGUACACAAAAGUAGCCCACACAUUUAAGUGAGUACUGAGUAGCAGCAAUUUUGAAUC